UAUAAAUAAAUAGGCGCUAAAGUGCGGCUAUUUCUUCAACUGUUGGCCAUGGCAGCAGACCAAACAAAGAGAAAAAUACCAUUUUUACCCUUCAUCUCUCUACUCUGUUUCACUUCAAUCUUCCUCAUUCUCUCCCUCUCAACAAAAUCUUCAAUCUCCCAUCAAACCCUAAUUCUCAAACCACCCAAUUCCGGAUCCUGCAACUACACGGACGGGUCGUGGAUCUACAACCCGACUUGGGAACCCGAUUAUAAGUAUGAUCAUACUUGUAAGGAGAUUUUUAAAGGGUGGAAUUGCAUUGCUAAUAGUAAAUCAAAUGGUGGAGAAAUUCUUAAGUGGCGGUGGCAACCUAAGGACUGUAAUCUUCUGAUGUUUGAUCCAUUAUCGUUUUUGAAGAGAUUUAGAAAUGCUAAAAUUGGAUUUGUUGGGGAUUCAUUGAAUAGGAAUAUGUUUGUUUCUCUUUUUUGCACACUGAAAAGAGUGUCAAGUGAAGUGAAAAAAUGGCGUCCGGCUGGUGCUGAUCGUGGAUUUACUUUUCUUCGCUAUAACCUUACUAUUGCGUACCAUCGAACAAAUCUUUUGGCGCGUUAUGGUAGGUGGACAGCUGAUGGUAAUGGUGGCAAGUUAGAAUCUCUUGGAUACAAAGAUGGUUAUCGAGUUGAUGUAGACAUUCCGGAUGCCACAUGGAUAGAUGCUCCCAGCUUCCAUGAUAUUCUUAUUUUCAACACAGGACACUGGUGGUGGGCUCCUUCAAAAUUUGACCCUGUAAAGUCGCCCAUGCUUUUCUUUGAGAAGGGCGAACCUGUCAUUCCACCAAUACCUCCUGAUGUUGGCCUGGACAAGGUUUUAAAAAACAUGAUGCUGUUUACUGAGAAAAAGAUGCAUCCGGGUGGGAUCAAAUUCUUCCGUACCCAAUCACCUAGACAUUUUGAAGGAGGUGACUGGGACCAAGGCGGUUCAUGUCCACGAGUACAACCAAUUUCGCCCAACAAAGUAGAAGAACUUUUCUCUCUAAAGAACAAUGGGACAAACGUGGAAACACGUUUGGUAAAUGAACACCUCGUCAGGGCCCUUCACGGAUCUGAUUUCCAUAUCUUGGAUAUAACCCACAUGAGCGAGUUCCGGGCAGAUGCUCAUCCAUCUACAGCUGGUGGGAAGAGACACGAUGAUUGCAUGCAUUGGUGCUUGCCUGGGAUUCCAGAUACUUGGAAUGACUUGUUCGUUAUGCAGUUGAACAACUUAAAGUUUUCCUCAAGCAGAAAUGAUGGAAGAAACAUACAAGAAGAGUAUAGAAUGGCAUGAUGUACCUCUUUCCACGAUAGGUUACGCUGCUAACAGCUUUAAUAACCAUGGCGGUUCCUGUGCAGAAAGCUUCAUCGGCAGUUACCAACUCCUCCAGCGGAACAGCACGUUCUUCCACCUGAUCAAAGAGUUGGUUGAUCAUUUGUUACUUGUUUGCAUAAAUUGAUAGAGCAAAGCGAUGAUGUUAUUGAUGAUUUAAAGAUAAUUACUUGGUAUCCGAAAGAAAGAGCGAUUUCGAUAA